UCCCUGCCACAUUUUCCUCCAUCUGUUCCCCACUUUCUCUCUAUCCUCCUUCAAUGCUCUCUCUCUCUUCUUCAUCUUCUUCUUUCUCUCCCUCUAAUGUAAAACUACCGUUUCUUUCUUCUAACCUUUUAUUAUUCCUAUAAUAUUAUUAAUAUCAAGGAUCUCUCUUCUUCUUUUUUCAUCAACUUUAUAAUCUUCUUAACGUAGAUCUACCCUUUACAUCUCUCUUAGUCCUGAUAAUGAAAUAUAUAUGAGCUCAAUUUCUUAAGUGAAAACUGAGGCAACCCUCCGAAGCAAAAGAAAAAGAGAAAGAGAGAGAGAGAGAAACAUUCCCUCUAUGAUAGUAGAGGAAUUAAUAACAACGUUGGUGUGUGUGUUUGGUUUAUCUUCAUCUUCGAUUCUCACUCACCCUUGGACAGGUUGAUUGAAAAAGCAUAAGUCUUGGGAAUCAUCCAUCAUAAAAGAUCAAGUAAAUAUAAUAUAAUGUUUCAGUCAAACUUGAUGGAAGGUGGUCAGUUCCAUCCAUUAGAGAUGAUUCAAAACACUUCAGAAAGUGAUGUCAUCCCUCGAAUCCGUGAAGAUGAGUGCUUUGAAAGUGCCACAAAAUCUUGCAGUGAAAACCAUGAAGGUGGUGGUGCUUCCGGUGAAGACCAAGAACCAAAGCCUAAAAGAAAACGUUACCACCGUCACACUCAGCACCAGAUCCAAGAAAUGGAAGCUUUCUUCAAGGAGUGUCCACACCCAGAUGACAAGCAAAGAAAGGAGUUAAGCAGAGAAUUAGGGUUAGAGCCAUUGCAGGUUAAGUUUUGGUUUCAAAACAAACGUACUCAAAUGAAGACACAACAUGAACGGUCAGAGAACACACAACUUAGACAAGAAAAUGAAAAACUUAGGGCAGAUAACAUGAGGUAUAGGGAAGCACUUAGCAAUGCUUCAUGCCCUAAUUGUGGUGGUCCUACUGCUAUAGGUGAAAUGUCUUUUGAUGAACAUCAUUUGAGGCUUGAAAAUGCAAGGCUUAGAGAAGAGAUUGAUAGGAUUUCAGCAAUUGCAGCCAAGUACGUAGGAAAACCAGUUGUAAACUAUUCAAACAUUGCAGCAUCUCUUCCACCACGUCCAUUAGAACAUGGAGUUGGUGCUGGUUUUGGAAACCAACAAGGACUUGGCAUGGACAUAUAUGGAACUAGUGGUGAUCUUCUAAGAUCAAUAAGUGGGCCCACUGAAGCAGACAAACCAAUAAUAAUUGAGUUAGCUGUUGCAGCUAUGGAAGAGCUAACUGGAAUGGCACAAAUGGGUGAACCUCUUUGGUUAACUACACUUGAUGGUGCUGCUAAUGUCCUUAAUGAAGAUGAAUAUGUUAGGUCUUUUCCACGUGGAAUUGGACCUAAACCUAAUGGAUUUAAGUGUGAAGCUUCAAGAGAAACUUGUGUUGUUAUUAUGAAUCAUGUUAACCUCGUUGAGAUUCUCAUGGAUGUGAACCAAUGGUCAACAGUUUUUGCUGGUAUUGUUUCAAGAGCCAUGACUGUUGAAGUGUUGUCAACUGGUGUGGCAGGGAACUACAAUGGUGCUUUACAAGUGAUGACAGCAGAGCUUCAAGUACCAUCACCUCUUGUCCCAACUCGUGAGAGUUAUUUUGUGAGAUAUUGCAAACAACAUACAGAUGGAACAUGGGCUGUUGUGGAUGUUUCUUUGGAUAAUCUUCGUCCAAAUCCUUCUUCAAGAUGUAGAAGAAGGCCUUCUGGUUGCUUAAUUCAAGAAAUGCCAAAUGGUUACUCAAAGGUAACAUGGGUUGAGCAUGUGGAAGUUGAUGAUAGAGGUGUUCAUAAUCUAUACAAGCAGCUUGUUAGUACUGGAAAUGCAUUUGGUGCAAAACGUUGGGUUGCAACAUUAGAUAGACAAUGUGAAAGGCUUGCUAGCUCAAUGGCUACAAACAUUCCAACUGUAGAUGUUGGUGUGAUAACAAACCAAGAAGGGAGGAAGAGUAUGAUGAAACUAGCAGAGAGAAUGGUGAUGAGUUUUUGUGGUGGAGUGAGUGCAUCAACAGCACACACGUGGACAACAUUAGCAGGAACAGGAGCUGAUGAUGUUAGAGUGAUGACACGUAAGAGUGUUGAUGAUCCUGGAAGACCUCCUGGUAUUGUUCUUAGUGCUGCCACUUCUUUUUGGCUUCCUGUUCCACCUAAAAGAGUUUUUGAUUUCCUUCGCGAUGAAAACUCAAGAAAUGAGUGGGAUAUUCUUUCCAAUGGUGGAGUUGUACAAGAAAUGGCACACAUUGCAAAUGGACGAGAUACUGGAAAUUGUGUCUCUCUACUUCGAGUAAAUAGUGCAAAUUCAAGCCAGAGCAACAUGUUAAUAUUACAAGAGAGUCUAACAGAUUCAACAGGAUCAUUUGUAAUAUAUGCACCGGUAGACAUUGUUGCAAUGAAUGUAGUUCUAAAUGGAGGAGAUCCAGAUUAUGUAGCACUUCUUCCAUCAGGAUUUGCUAUCCUCUCUGAUGGAAAUGGAAAUGGAAUUGGUGAUGAAAAUGGACAAGCUGGUGUUUGUGGUGGAUCACUUUUAACUGUUGCAUUUCAAAUAUUGGUUGAUUCUGUUCCAACUGCUAAACUUUCUCUUGGAUCUGUUGCUACUGUUAAUAGUCUUAUUGCUUGUACUGUUGAGAGAAUCAAGGCUUCUUUGUCUGGUGAAACUGCUUAAUUCAGCUUCAAGAUUAAUGAUUUUGAGUUUACAAGGAUAAAGGAGGAAGCAUUGCAUUGAAGAAAAAUCAAGAGGGUGGUGAGGAACUUAAUUAGGCUUAAAUUACAAAAUUAGGGAGAAGUCAAGAGCGCACCUUGCAUGAUCCUUUUUUAGAGGAUUGAUUAAUUAAGGUUCGGGAAUUGACUUCCCUAGAUAUAGUAAAUUUUGAGCUAACACAAUGGCCUUGCCACCCAUGAAUUAUCUUUUGUUAUUAGACUAAAUACAUAUAGUUAGGGCCAGACUAUUGGUUAACUAAUUAGGGUUUAGUUUUGAUGAAACUCUUAAUUAUUUUCUUUCUUUAAUUGUUUGUUAUUUGUGUGUUUUAGAAGUGGGACCAGCAAAGUGUGAGGUUUGUACCUAAGACACAACACUGCUUAAUUUCUCACCUUUCCCCUUUUAGGAUUUUGAAAUGGAUUUGUUCCAUUCUCUACUAGUGAAAUUGACAUAUUGUUUCAUGAUUUAAUUAAUAUUUAUAUUUGCUAUGACACAAA